AUGUCGAACGAUACCAAAGAGACAAAGCAUAGGUUGGAGGGUGCGCGCCGGCCUCAGAGGAAGGAUUCAUUUUCAUCAGUCCACUCGGCUGUUCUUUCAUGGACUGGGUUACAGACCAAGAUUGGCCCCAAAUCGAUCAUAUCAAACUCGUCGCCGUUGUCUUCGUCAUCGUCAAACAGCACAUCGUCGACUGCCACACAACACACAGCUACCCCUAGCCAAGGCCUUUCAAAGCCACAACGGAGACAUAGCCAUAGUUUUGGCACAGGCUGGGAUAACAGCAACAGGGACAACACCACCAAGAAGAAGGCACGUCCGGCAUCAAUGUCACGGAAGCUUUCAUUUUCUGGCUUCAUGGGGUUGGAGGAUCCAGUUAGUGCUAAGGCAAGGCACGCAAAGCCAAACUUUUCGAAUCUUGAUCCGAAGCGGUCGGAAGAGUCGACAAAGUCUGGAAGCAAGAAUGGGUCUUUGGAGAAGGUCAACAAGACAGCUCCCGAGGCUGCCAAACGGCUCAGUCAGGCUUCCACUCUGGUGGGAAGUGUGGUGAGGUCAAAAUCCCCUCCACCACCAACCUCCACCAUGGUCCCCAAAUCCAUCCUCCGCGUCUCCAGCCCAGACGGCAACGCCCGCCGCACCCCCCGUUUCCUCGACCCCCCGGGGCCGGGGGAGCAACCCCACAGCCCAACCCUCAACGCAGCCCUUCUCUCCCCUCUCCCCUCCCCCUCUAGUUCUUCAGAACAACAGCAAACCCCGCCUCUUUCUGAGAAACCUCCCUCCCUCUCCCCCCCUCUCACCCCGUUAACCCCUCUCCUUUGUUUGUUUUUUCGCUUGUUCUUCUGGGCGCUGGUUUGUCUUGGUUCCUCUCUGCUUGGGUUUUACUGGUUUACGUUCCUCUUUUUUCUCUCUUUCUUUCUCUUCUUCUUCUGCUCGUUUUUCUUUCCCCCUCUGUCGCCUGCUUAUUUUUUUUCGGUACUUUCUUCUACUAUUUUUCCCUUUGUUCUUUUUUAUACCAUCUUUUGGUUUCUUUCUGCCUUUUUUCGUUAUUUUUUUUUCUUUUUUUUUUGUUUACUUUUAUUUUAUUGUUUGUUUGUUCUUUUCUACGAUGGAUCUGAGGCCGGGGCGAGGUGUGUGGAGGAGGUGGUGAUCACGGAGGUGAUCGACUUGACGGAACCCACCGAAGAGGAGGAAGAUGGCGACAAGACUGUUGUGGAGUUGCCAAAAGCAGCGAAAGUAUCUGUCGAGGAGGUGCCCGCGGAAUCACCAACCGAGAACCACCACCCAACGCCUGACCCGAACCCGGACGUCACCGAGGUCGAUGCGUCCCCCCUCCCACAACCCCCUUCCCCUCCUCCCAUCAGCUCAACCAGCCCCGCUCAGUUCAAGCCUAACACCGCCUCCUUCUCCCACCUCCACUCCCAACUCCUCUCCUCAGAAAAAGAAGCCGCCGCCCUCCGCGCCCGCCGCACCGCCGAGCGCCUCCAGCAGUCCCUCCUCAACGAGAAGCCCGCCACCAACGCGAUCAUCUCGGUCCACCUCGCCAGUCACCAGACUCUCAAGUCCCCCAACUUCCCCGCCCAGCUCCGGACCCCGAGUCCGGGUAGCGAAAAGCCCGACAACAGAAGACGGCUGAGCCAGACGAGGUCGACUGCUGAUCUCCUGACUUUCAAGCUCCCCGAGCCGGCAACCACCGGGAGUGGAAAUGUGGUGGGACAGAGCGCCAUGGCUAGUGUUGCCACGGCGGUCGGGAGCGAGAUUCAGAGGUCGACGAGCCCGAAUAAUAGCUUGCAACUGUCGAGGGGGAGGAGGGAGAGGAGUCGGAAUCGGGAGAGGGGGUAUUUCCAGGUUAAGAAGGAGGGUGUUGUUGUAUAA